GUGAAAGAGAAAGAGAAGGGGAAGGAAAAAAAAAAUAGGAGGAGGGUGAAAGAAAGAAGAGAUCCUGAUGGAAAUCAGGGCACUGUGACCAGCUCCUGCUCGGAGCGGGGGAAGGCGAGGCGGAAACGAGAUUUCCCUACAAGUUUUGCUGCUGCCGCUGCCUGAAGGUUGCUGAGGAGCCUUCCCCGCUCGGCGAGGGGGGGUGGGUUUGUUCGCUUCUCCCUGUUUUCCCUCCCUCCCCAGCUUCUGCUCUGCAGCCUGCCCGUACGGAGGAAAGGUGGAGGGGUGGGGGGGAGGGGGGGAACACAGCCGACCCAAAAAGCGAUCCCGGCUUCUAGCCGCCACCCUCCGCGACGGAAGAAGAGAAGAGGGACUGAGAGCACGAGAAAAAAAGAAGAAGAGGAAAAAAAGGAUCUCGGCUUGUCCAGCCCUUCCGCGGCAACGGGAGCACGCAGCGACUCCGGUGGAUUUUUUUCUCCCCUUCUUCGGCACUGCUUUUCAAGCGCAAGGACUUCAACUCGGGGAAAAAAGCCGCAGAGGGAGAACAACAACACAGAAAGCAAGACGAAUAAUGAACAAUCCUGUUAUCCUGUUGUCCCGAGGGCCGAGGAUGUGUCCCGGCUCGGGAAGUUGUAGGCUGUAGAAGUUCUGCCUCUCCCCCAUGUACUGUGCUGUUUAGAGCUUGUUUCCCCCCACCUUAUUUUUUUUUUCUUUUUGGUGGUUUCUCGUUGUUAUUGUUAUUAUCUUAAUUUUUCUUCUUCAUGAUGUGCUGUUAGAAACCACUCCAGGACUACUCCAGGAGUAGGAAAAUCGAGGAGUGGAGUGAAUGAAUAUACCGAUGAGAGAUCCAGUGAUCCCUGGGACAAGCAUGGCUUAUCAUCCUUUUUUACCUCACCGGGCACCGGACUUUGCCAUGAGCGCCGUGCUGGGACAUCAGCCCCCCUUCUUCCCGGCCCUGGCUUUGCCCCCCAACGGGGCGGCCGCCCUUUCCCUCCCCGGGGCCCUGGCUAAGCCCAUUAUGGAUCAGCUAGUGGGGGCUGCAGAGACUGCUAUCCCUUUUUCUUCCCUGGGCCACCAGGCAGCAGCCCAUCUGAGGCCUUUAAAAACUCUGGAGCCAGAAGAAGAAGUAGAAGACGACCCGAAAGUGCACCUGGAAGCCAAAGAGCUUUGGGAACAAUUCCAUAAAAGAGGCACGGAGAUGGUGAUCACCAAAUCGGGAAGGAGAAUGUUUCCUCCGUUUAAAGUGAGAUGCACUGGACUGGAUAAAAAGGCCAAGUACAUUUUAUUGAUGGAUAUUGUGGCGGCUGAUGACUGUAGGUACAAAUUCCAUAAUUCCCGGUGGAUGGUAGCUGGCAAAGCUGACCCUGAAAUGCCAAAGAGAAUGUACAUCCACCCGGACAGCCCGGCCACUGGAGAACAAUGGAUGUCCAAAGUCGUCACCUUUCACAAGCUGAAGCUCACUAACAACAUCUCCGACAAGCACGGAUUUGUGAGUCCUUUUCCUCUCUCCCCAAGCAGUGUUCCCCUGCAGUGCCCGGCCCUGAGCUUUCCCAGGCACUACAAUUUGGGCACCAAACGUACCAUUUUAAACUCCAUGCAUAAGUACCAGCCCCGCUUCCACAUCGUCCGAGCGAACGAUAUUCUCAAGCUUCCCUACAGCACGUUCCGGACCUACGUGUUCCCGGAGACUGAAUUCAUCGCAGUGACCGCAUACCAGAAUGAUAAGAUCACUCAAUUAAAAAUUGACAACAACCCCUUUGCCAAAGGUUUUCGUGACACUGGGAAUGGAAGGAGGGAAAAAAGGAAGCAGCUGACUCUGCAGUCCAUGCGGGUGUACGACGAGAGGCAGAAAAAAGAAAAUCCCACUUCGGACGAAUCGUCCAACGAGCAGACAGCCUUCAAGUGCUUCGCCCAGUCCUCCUGCCCCGCCGUGCCCGCCGUCGGCACCUCCACCCUCAAAGAUCUCUGUCCCAGCGAGGGUGACAGCGAUGCCGACAGCAAAGACGACCCUUUGCUAGAAGCCAGCGAGUCGGGCAAAAUCAGCACGACCACGGCCACCACCCCCGCGCCGGCCAGCUCCGGUGCGGCCGCGUGUGACGACCCCCGGGAAAAGGGGGGCAGCCCCUCCAAAAGUCACUUCUUCCCCAGCGACUCGGCGACGAGCCGGAGCCGGGAGAGGACGGAAAAAGCCCCCCCGGACUCCCGGCAUAGCCCGGCCACCAUCUCCUCCAGCAGCCGAGGGGGAGGCUUGAGUGGCGAGGAACUGAAAAGCCCCCUCCGGGACGGCCCUAAAGUAGACGAGAACCGGCUGCUGGGCAAAGAGCCCUUCGCCCCCCUCACGGUCCAGACCGACAGCACGGCGCAUCUGAGCCAGGGACAUUUGCAGAACCUGGGGUUUCCCCCCGCUCUGGCCGGCCAGCAGUUCUUCAACCCUCUGGGGAACGGGCAUCCGCUGCUGCUGCACCCCGGGCAGUUCGCUAUGGGGGGGGCUUUCUCCGGCAUGGCCGCGGGCAUGGGGCCGCUGCUCGCCACAGUGUCGGGGGCUUCCGCCGGCGGCUCGGGACUGGACAGCACGGUGAUGGCCACGGCGGCGGCCCAGGGACUCUCGGGAGCAUCCACAGCCGCUCUGCCCUUCCACCUGCAGCAGCACGUCCUGGCCUCUCAGGGCUUGGCCAUGUCUCCCUUCGGCAGCCUCUUCCCCUACCCUUACACCUACAUGGCGGCGGCGGCGGCGGCUUCCAGCGCGGCCUCCAGUUCUGUGCACCGGCAUCCCUUCCUCAACGCCGUGCGGCCCCGGCUCCGCUACAGCCCCUACCCGUUGCCAGUGCCCCUGCCCGACGGCAGCAGCCUCCUCACCACCGCGCUGCCAGGGGCCCUGGCCGCGACCUCCGGAGAGACCAAAGGCAGCGCUCUGGCCUCCAGCCCCGGCGCCGUGCCUCUGGACUCCGCCUCGGACCUCACCAGCCGCUCGUCCACACUCUCCUCCGGCUCCGUAUCCCUGUCCCCAAAGCUGGGAGCCGACAAGGAGGCGGCCACCAGCGAACUGCAGAAUAUCCAGCGCCUGGUCAGCGGCCUCGACCCCAAGCAGGACAGAUCCCGCAGCGGCUCCCCGUAGCCGCCAGCUCAUUUCAAACCAGUCUCGCAAUGCACUUUGUUUGAAAGAAACCACAUCCUCCAUCCCGCCAAGCCUUUCAGCCCCCCCUCCUAUCCUCCCCUCUUUCCCCUUUUUAUUUUAUUGUUGUUGGUUUUUUUUUUUUUAAGUUUUAUUUUUAAUAUAAAUCGCCCGGCGUCUUGUGGGCGCUGAUCAGCAAAAAGUGUCGAGCUGGGGGAGGGGUGGGGGGGGCGGGGAAGGGCCGGGCUGGGAGCCGAACCGGGGGCUGCCUCACCGAGAGGCCGCCGGAAUGCGUGUCCCACCUCCCCCCUUCUUUUCUUCACUGUCUAAAAUAAUAAUAAUAAUAAUAAUGAUAAUAGAAAAAAAAAAAAAAAAAAAAAAAAAAAAAAAAAAAAAAAAAAAAAGGAAAAAGGAAAAAAAAAGGAAAAAAAAAAACGCCUGAAAUACAGCGAAGCAAAACACCGAACGGACGUAUAAAUAAAAGAAAGUGAGCAAAGCGAUUUUUUUUUUUUUUCCUAAAGAAAACUGUAUAAGCAACUCUCAUAUCGGUGAUUCGCCAGUUGUUUCCGGGGCGGGUUGGUAGCGACAGCCCUCUGCGUCGAUAUUAAGGGAAGCUGUGUGUUUAAAAUAUUAUCGUGAUGUCUGAGAGCCACUCUGUGGCUUUUUUUGCAUGUUCCGUAGUAGUCUGCUUUUUUAGGGGGGGGUUACGUUUUUAUUUCGUUGGGUUUUCGUUGUUUAUUUCUGAUGCUCGUUUCGAAUCCCAGGGACAAAAUAAUAAUAAUAAUAAUGAUAAUGAUAAUAAUAAUAAAAACGAAAAGAAGACCCUCUUCCCUCUCCCUUAAAGACCCUCCCCGUAGCAACAACAAUAAGAAGUGUAGCUGGAAAGAAAAAAAAGAAAUGGAUUUAUUUUAUCUAAAAACCUCUGUAGCUCGACUGUAGGUUUAUCACAGCUUUCCCUCUUUCAUUGUAUAUGCAAUAACAAGGUUUAAACACGCUGAGAAGAAGAAAAAAAGCGGACACUAUUAUUAAAGCAAAGUAUUUAUGUAAUUAUUUGAUAACUCUUGUAAAUACGUGGAAUAUGAAUACUCGAAAUUAAACUUUAAUUUAUUGACGUUGUACAUAUCUCUGUAAA